CGACCAGACCAGUCAACUUUCUAGUUUCUAGGAGUACUGCAGUGUGGAGGCGUGUCCCCGCACCGCUCUCCUCCCCCUCCCCCCUCUCGCCUCGCCGACCUCUCCACCUCCCCGGCGACUCGGACUCGUCGAAGCCGCGCUCGCCUACGACCACCCAUGGCGCUCCUCCCCCGCGCGGCGCGGCUGGCGGCCCUCUCCGCGCCGCGCGCCUACUCGUCCGCCACGGCGGCGGCGGCGGGCGCGGGUGGCUCCGCGUCGCCCGCGCCAUACGGCGGGGCGCCGCCGCCGGCCGCGAACUCCAAGGCGGCGGAGUUCGUGAUCUCCAAGGUGGACGACCUGAUGAACUGGGCGCGCCGGGGCUCGAUCUGGCCCAUGACGUUCGGGCUCGCCUGCUGCGCCGUGGAGAUGAUGCACACGGGCGCCUCCCGCUACGACUUCGACCGGUUCGGCGUCAUCUUCCGCCCCUCCCCGCGCCAGUCCGACUGCAUGAUCGUCGCCGGCACGCUCACCAACAAGAUGGCCCCCGCGCUCCGCAAGGUUUACGAUCAGAUGCCAGAACCUCGAUGGGUUAUUUCAAUGGGCAGCUGUGCCAACGGUGGUGGAUACUACCACUACUCCUACUCCGUUGUGCGCGGAUGCGACAGGAUUGUUCCCGUGGACAUCUACGUCCCUGGAUGCCCUCCAACUGCUGAAGCUCUACUGUAUGGCGUCCUGCAGUUGCAGAAGAAGAUCAACAGGCGCAGGGAUUUCCUUCACUGGUGGAACAAGUGAACCAGCACUUCUCUGCUUUCCUAUCUGCUACGAAUACGAUCCUGUCAAAAUGUUAUCGAGCUUCUGUGUUAAAUAAAGGAAAGCGUGUGCUUUCCGAUCAUCAAACUCUCUGUAGUAGAUGCAGUGAUAGUGAGCUCCUGGCUACCUUGAUCACCGUUCAUGGACAAAAAAACAAUUGGUGAUGCUGUUGCGGUGUUGCUGCUUUAAUACUAUGUAUAAUAUUUUGUAAUUUGUGUUGUCUUCUACUAGUGAUGUAACAUUGGGUAUGACGCUCAAUGGCGUUGUGAUGCUGUAUACUUUACCAACUUGUGUAAAUAGAAGUGAUGAUAAUAUAAAAAAAAUUAAUAGAAGUGAUGAUAAAUUGUUAAUGGCUGCUA